UCUGAACAAAGCCAAGGAGUGUGCAAGAACUAGAACUAGAACUAGAACAAGAAAGCAAGACGGCGCCAUGGCACGGAUGUUGCUGCACGGGGUGAUCGACGCCAAGAUCCUGGAGGCCGACCUGUCCGUGACGGCGGAUGGGCAGCUGAGGCCGUCCCGGAAGACCCAGAUGAAGAAGAGGGUGUUCUCAUGGAUCAAGAAGAACCUGCCCUUCUGCAGCAGCCGUCAGACGCAGCAGGUGGAGAACGCCGUCGGCCUCGGCCCGACGGCCGGCAAGCUGUACGCGACGGUGGACAUCGACAAGGCGCGCGUCGCCCGGACGGGGAUGGUGGCGUCGACCGGCACUCCGCGGUGGGAGGAGUCGUUCCACAUCUACUGCGCGCACGACGCCAGCGACGUCGUCUUCACCGUCAAGGCCGAGAACAUCGUCGGCGCCACGCUCAUCGGCCGCGCGUACCUCCCCGUCGUCGAGGUCCUCCGGAGGAUGGGCGCGCCGCCGUCUGACCUGUGGCUCCCCCUCCGCGACGAGAACCGCAGCCCGCUCGGCGGCGGCGACCAGAUACGCGUCCAGCUCCGGUUCACCGACGUCGCCGCCGACCCGGAUUCUCGCUGGGGCGCCGGCGUCGGGAGCGCGGCGUACCAGGGCGUUCCCCGCACCUUCUUCCCGCAGCGCAGAGGAUGCCUCGUCAGGCUGUACCAGGACGCGCAUGUCGCCGAGGGCUUCGCGCCUCGCAUCCAGCUCGCCGGGCGCAGGUUCUACGAGCCGCGCCGGUGCUGGGAGGACGUGUUCGACGCGAUCACCAACGCCCGGAGGAUAGUGUACAUCGCCGGGUGGUCCGUCAACACGGACGUCGCGCUGGUGCGCGACCCGCGGCGGCCGUCGGGGACGCUCGGCGAGCUCCUCAAGAGGAAGGCCGACCAGGGCGUCACGGUGCUGUUGCUGGUGUGGGACGACCGGACGUCGGUGGGGCUCGGCCCGAUCCGCCGCGACGGGUUGAUGGCGACGCACGACGAGGACACGGCGAGGUACUUCCAACCCUCGAAGGUGCACUGCGUCCUCUGCCCGCGGAACCCCGACCAGGGCCGGAGCUACGUGCAGGACGUCGAGACGGCCACCAUGUUCACGCACCACCAGAAGACGGUGAUCGUCGACGGCGGCGGCAACCCGUCCGCGAACGCGCCGCCGGGGCUCGUGAGCUUCCUCGGCGGCAUCGACCUGUGCGACGGGAGGUACGACACGCAGGAGCACCCGCUGUUCCGGACGCUCGACACCACCCACCGCGGCGACUUCCACCAGCCCAACUUCCCCGGCGCCUCCAUCGACAAGGGCGGGCCGAGGGAGCCGUGGCAUGACAUACACUGCCGCGUCGAGGGCCCGGCGGCGUGGGACGUGCUCGACAACUUCGAGCAGCGGUGGCGCAAGCAGGCCGGCGAGGGCAAAGACAAGCUGCUGGUCUACCUCGACAGGAACUGGGCGGCGCGCGAAGCCGCCUCGGGCGACCCCGAGUCGUGGAACGUGCAGGUGUUCCGUUCCAUCGACGGCGGCGCGGCGGCCGGGUUCCCAGAGAGCCCCGCCGGUGCCGCGGCGGCCGGGCUGUCGUCGGGGAAGGGCGCCGUGUUCGAGCGCAGCAUCCAGGACGCGUACAUCCACGCGAUCCGGCGCGCGCGGGACUUCAUCUACAUCGAGAACCAGUACUUCCUGGGGUGCUCCUACGCGUGGCGGAGCCGCGACGACGACGGUGACGUCUUGAAGGUGGAGGCGAUCAACGCGCUGCACCUCAUCCCCAGGGAGCUCUCCCUCAAGAUCGUGAGCAAGAUCGAGGCCGGCGAGCGGUUCGCCGUGUACGUGGUGGUGCCCAUGUGGCCGGAGGGCGUGCCGGAGAGCGACUCCGUGCAGGCCAUCCUCGACUGGCAGCGCCGCACCAUGGAGAUGAUGUACAACGACGUCGCCGUCGCCAUCCAGGCCAAGGGGAUCCGCGCCGACCCCACGGACUACCUCAACUUCUUCUGCCUCGGCAACCGCGAGCGCUUCGUCCCCGGCGAGUACACGCCGCCGGAGCGCCCUGACCCCGACAGCGACUACAUGAGGGCACAGCAGGCCAGGCGCUUCAUGAUCUACGUCCACGCCAAGAUGAUGAUAGUCGACGACGAGUACAUCAUCGUGGGGUCGGCGAACAUCAACCAGCGGUCCAUGGACGGCGGCCGCGACACGGAGAUCGCGAUGGGCGGGUACCAGGCGAACUACCUGGCGUCGCGCAACCGGCCGGCGAGGGGCCAGGUGCACGGCUUCCGCCUCGCGCUGUGGCAGGAGCACCUGGGGCGGGCGGCGGCGGCGGCCUCCGCCGGGGGCGACCUCCUCCGGCCGUCGAGCCUGGCGUGCGUGCGGCUGGUGAACGAGGCGGCACAGCGCCACUGGGACAUGUUCGCGAGCGACGCGACGCCCAGGGAAGACCUUCCCGGACACCUCAUGGCGUACCCGGUGCGCCUGACGGGCGACGUCAAGGGCACGCUCGUGGGGAAGACGGAGACCUUCCCGGACACCAAGGCGAAGGUGCUGGGUGCCAAGUCCGGCGUCCUUCCGCCCAUCCUCACCACAUGAUCGAGCAAGGCAUGCAUGCAGCCCGUGCGGCGUGGGUGCAUGAACUCAGCAAUCUUAUCUGCCGUGUUGUUAGCCGGUAGUGUGUGUGUGUAUACUGUACAGUCAGGUAGGCUGUGAAGGUUGCUGAUAUGUAUGGAUAAAGGAUUGUGCCUAAUGGAUCCGAUGAUUCACAUAAUCACUUGUAAAUAAAUAAAAUAAGGUGGUGUUUGAAUGGGACUAAAACUUUUUAUCCCUGUCACAUCGGAUGUUUGGACAGUUAUUAUUAUUAGUAAUGUUGUGUU